AUGGGGGAGGACGACCCUGUCAAAAAUCGAUUGUUACAGCAGGCUCUCGAUCCCACCGUGCAAGUUGCCCUUGAUUCCAUCCCGCCCUCUUGUGUCACUCUUGAGGUACGCUUCACGAUCACCUACGAGACAGAGCCAGGAGUUAAUUUCCACGUAGGGUUCAAUCUCUUGGAUAAGAACUAUGAUGCAGGGUAUGUCUCCACGUGGGACGUGCUGAAGACCGCUUCUCUGCCUGAGCAGGCACUGCCGCCCGCAAUUUCUGCAAGAAGUGAAAAAUCUCCACGGCCCUUACGGGCGCAGAUCUCGAAAGCGGUAACCACAUUCGGAAGCGGGCCGCCGACCACAAGCUUGCUCGAGGCAGCCGCCUCUUCCUCGACACGGACUGUCACUCCUGGCCGUACUCUCCCGAGCGGCGUCGCCGAGAAACCCGAGGAACUGGAGGCUCCUCGAUUCCAAGUCGUCACUGCCACGAGCACUGUGUCAGUAGAAGGGGUCAGCUUCUCGUGGGCUCUUUGUCAGCAAGUUGCCAAUGAGGUCAUGACCGUUAGCCUAGGACGAAAGGAAGAUGGAAGCUUGGAACCGGCACCGAAAGCGAGUCCUAAUAGUGGGGCUUCGCAAAGAGAAGUCACAGUGCCAUCCAAGAAGGGGGCAGCGAAGGGCGAAUCAGGAAUGAACGCCACUGCUGCGGUUGCAAAAGAGAAAGGAAAACCAAAGGGUUGCAAGGAAGUCAAAGCACUGCCAGUUUUCGAAAUGCACCGUCAAGGCCAGAUACGCAUCGGCAGCGUUCUGCUUCUAACCGAAGGAGGAUCCAUAAAGUCUUGCCGGACAGUAAAUCAAGUGUUCGCCACGCUUGAUGUGGUGAACCAAAUUGCCUUGCGCCGUUUCCUCGAAGACUUUGCCUUCACCGUUGAACUGCAUGACCAAGACAUCCUCGCCACGUCUAACAUAGAUAACGGAGUAGAUGCGACAGACGACGUGCUGCUGAAAGGGUGUGGGGUGGCGGGGACAUCCGGAAAUAAUGCAGGAGCGAAGCAAGGGUAUGCGGCGUCUCCUGGAAGUGUCUCCGGAGGCCGCGCCCUCUCACCUACCCUUCCAAAACUAGCGUCUCUGCCAACGGGAUCCCAAAGUGGAUUAGCAGCAGACGCCAGCAAAGAGUCGCGCCCUGCGGGCACUGCGUCCUCUCCUCGUCACGGACCAUCCCUAUCGGCAAGCAGUAACCAUCGUAAAAGUAGAUUUCAGUCUCCCGGGCGACCGGAGCCGCCAGAGACGAAAAAGAACCGUAGACUGACGACAGAAGAUGAGUUCGAGAGGGGCACGUUCGAGGCGCGGAUCAUCAGGCCUCAUGGAGCUGCAACCUUCCGAUUUCAGGAACUGUUGCGCCACGGACUCAAGCGUAUUGAGCUAGCAUCAGCAGUGUAUCCGGUUCUAGGAACAGGGGGGGUGCCUGUACUGGAGCAGACAACGCUACUUAAAGACCAAACCGCGAGCGAGUUGCUAGCGCAACCAAAUAAUUAUUUGACCCGAUUCUUCCCUGGAAAGAUGCAGCGCGUGUCGACGCGAUACAUGGAUUACGGCACUGAACUGGCGCUGAGAGUGCGCCUCAGCGAACCUCUCCCCUCGAUUGAGAAGAUCCAUAUGCUCCAACAGGCCGGGCAAAGACUGCCGAAAGUGAGGAUGAAAUGUUCACUUUGUCGUUGUGCAGUCGUCCUGCAGAACCGUGAACACCCGCAGGAGGAGCAGAUCUUUGAAGAGCACGACGGGGAACAAGAGGCAACGCCCGGCGACAGACGUGCACUAGAGCCUGUCGAAGUUGACCCUGCUUUUCUCUACGAACCGUUUGGGUGUCUCGUUCUUUUUAUCCACCCUGGGCGGAAGCCUUUGAUCCAGAAACUCGUGAAGGAAGUGGACAGAAGAAACAUGCAGGCGAUGAACGUCGAUACACGAGAUGCGCUCUCCCUCGAAAUUCUUCCUGUUGACGAUGAGGAGAGUAGGGCUUGCGAUGUCCUCACGGGAUUCAUUCUUUCUGAUGAAAAGUAA